AUGACUGAUCUCCACAUGACAGAGCUUCCUGGUUAUACAGGUAAGUUAAACGCGCAAAUUCUCGAGCGUGUUCGUUUCCUUUCCAAGGAGCUUCAGAUACCUGACUUGGAAUCCAAGUUCCCACACCUUCACGUGUCAGAUGGUUCUUGGCGUAAACCCCUAUCGUUGCCUGCCAAUGAUGCCGAGGUGGAUCUCUCGGAUUAUAUUGAUCACACCCUCCUAAAGGCAGAGUCAACGCGUGAGGCCAUUCUCCACCUCUGUGAUGAGGCCCGCCAACACCACCUGCACUGUGUGUGUGUGAAUGGCACCCGCGUGAAGCUCUGCGUGGAUGAUCUCUCCGGCAGCGGCGUGAAGGUUGGCUCGACGUGCGGCUUCCCGCUUGGCGCCAACACGACGGCUGUGAAAGUCGCGGAGGCGGCGGCGGCGGUGGCGGACGGGGCGGCGGAUGUCGAUGUGGUGUUGAACAUUGGGGCCGCGCUGGACGGCGACUGGCGGUAUAUUCUGCGGGAUCUCCGCGCCGUCCGCGCCGCCUGCCCGCCGCCGGUGGUGCUGAAAGUCAUCAUGGAGUCGGCCGCGCUGCCGGCGGGUUGUCUCAUCGACGCGGCCAUCGUCGCCAUCGCCGCGGGGGCGGACUUUGUGAAGACCUCCACCGGAUUUCACCCCGCGGGCGGCGCCAGGCCGGCGGACGUGGACGUGAUGCUCGCCGUCGCCGGCAAUUCAGCCCGCGUGAAGGCAAGCGGUGGGGUGCGGGACCGACAGACAGCACUGCAGUACGUGCGGGCCGGCGUUGCACGUAUUGGCACAAGCAACGGUGUUGAAAUCGUGACACGAAAGUGA